AUGACGUACGUGAGGAAAUAUGGACGCCCGGACUUAUUCAUCACGAUUACUUGCAAUCCGAAGUGGCCGGAAAUAUUGCGAUACUUGAUACCUGGCCAGACAUCAAGUGAUAGACAUGACAUCACUGCGCGCGUAUUUCGGCAGAAGCAAAAAUCACUCAUGGAUUUCAUUGGGAAGCAAAGUGUUUUUGGAGAAGUCAGAUGUUGGAUGUACUCCAUCGAAUGGCAGAAACGAGGUCUCCCACAUUCACAUACAUUAAUUUGGUUGGUAGAUAAAGUACAUCCAGACCAAAUCGACAACAUAAUAAGUGCGGAGAUUCCCGAUUCAGAAAUCGAUCCUGAAUUGUUCGAUAUUGUUACAACACAUAUGAUGCACGGUCCUUGCGGUCAACACAACCCAGAAUCACCAUGCAUGGCUGGAAAUAAAUGUACAAAACGAUAUCCACGUCCAUUGCACGCAGAGACUAUCUCCGGAAACGAUGGAUAUCCACUGUAUCGGCGUCGUUCCCAAGAGGACAAUGGUAAAAAUAUAACAAUGAAAGUGAAAGGAAACAAUGUUGUUGUUGAUAAUAGCUGGAUUGUUCCGUAUUCGCCACUGCUCUCCAAAACCUUCAAAACACAUUGCAAUAUUGAAUUAUGCAACUCAAUCAAAUCAAUAAAGUACGUUUGCAAGUACGUGAACAAAGGUAGCGAUAUGGCAGUUUUUGGAAUUGAUGCCCCUGAUGCUAACGACGAGGUAACGCGAUAUCAGUUAGGCCGUUACGUGAGUUGCAAUGAGGCUAUUUGGAGAAUUUUUUCAUUCCCGAUUCACGAACGUCACCCGACAGUCGUCAAUUUAGCAGUCCAUCUAGAAAACGGACAACGUGUCUAUUUUACGGAAGCAAAUGCAGCCCAAAGAGCGGAACGAGCCCCUAACACGACACUGACAAGUUUUUUCAACAUCUGCCAGAGUGAUCAGUUUGCCAGAACUCUCCUAUACUCUGAAGUUCCACAGUAUUACACAUGGAAUAUUGCGUCGAAAAUGUUUCAGCGUAGGAAGCAAGGGCAAGCAGUUCCCGCAUUUGUCAAUGUUUUUUCCACCGACGCACUUGGACGAAUCUAUACUGUGCAUCCGCUGGCAGAGCUGAAUGCCACCACGGUUGAAUUGUGGAACAAGUACAAGGACUAUAUGGCUGACGACAUAUUGCAUCGAGUUCGUACAACCACUUUAAAUUACCAACUUGAAAUGGACGAUGGGAUACACAACGAGGCGUUGCUUUUGAUUGAAGACCUGUGUUUGCUCAUGAGCGGCAGUUCGUUGGACAAACUAGGCAUGGCAGCACCGAAUCGUGCAAUGCACGAUGCAUUGAACCGAGAGUUAGAACGUGAACGAGAAUACGAUAUAGACGCAUUGAACCAGGAAGUUAGAACUAAAAUUCCGUUAUUGACUAACCAGCAAAAGGACGUAUACGACACAUUGCUGAAAGCGGUUGACGAGGGAAACGAAGGCAUUUACUUCAUCGAUGCGCCUGGCGGAACUGGCAAGACGUUCCUGAUUUCAUUGUUGUUGGAUUCAGUAAGAUCGAGAUCGGAAGUUGCAGUGGCUGUUGCAUCCUCAGGGAUUGCAGCAACAUUGUUAGGAGGUGGUCGUACAGCUCAUUCCGCGUUUAAGCUGCCAUUGAAUCUCCAACUGACUGACGAACCGACAUGCAAUAUUUCGAAAAAUUCAGUCAUGGCAAAAGUGUUGCAGAAUUUUAAAAUUAUCAUCUGGGACGAAUGCACAAUGGCAAACAAACGAGCAUUGGAGGCACUCGAUAGAACAAUGAGAGAUCUACGAAGUAACGCAAGACACUUUGGAGGGGCACUUAUUGUGUUGGCAGGCGAUUUUCGACAAACGCUACCCGUUAUUCCGCGAUCAACGGCAGCAGAUGCAAUCAACGCUUGCCUUAAGCUUGCUCAUUUGUGGCGUUUUGUGAAGAAGCUGAAAUUGACAACCAACAUGCGAGUACUGAUGCAAAAUGAUUCGUCCGCAGAUGUGUUCUCAAAUCAAUUGUUUUGCCAUUGA